GCAGCUGAAGCAUUGACUAAAUUGUUCGUCGCGUCCUUCUCCCUCUCACGCUUAAUUUGUUUGGUUACUGGCCACGUCAGAUAGAAGACAGUUGCAGCAGAGACUCUUUCCCUUGCCUUAUUGCAGAGAAACCAGUCAAGAUGCAACUAGUCACGCUCAUCACAGCACUGUUCAUUACUGCAGCAUCUGCUCAAUUCCAGUUCUUCGACAGCAUGUUUGGCGGACACGGCCAUCCACAACAGCAGCAACACCAGAAGCCAGUGCGUGGCCCUGACUGGUACAACGGCCUGGCCCUCAAUACUGAAUGUGAUGAAGGUGCCUAUCUAUGUCCUGGGACGAUGGAUUGUGUGGAGAAACCAGGACAGUGUCCGUGUCCGCAUGAUUUAGCACGCUGUGAGGUGGGUGCGCAGCGGGUGUGUGUCAGUAAGCAGGCGGGUGUGAAGGAUGUGUGUGCGGCCAUCAAGGGCUUUCAUGAGACGCUGUAAGGCGGAUGACCUAUUGCAGCGACGCGAUUAAUGCGAGUGCUUCUUCGUUCUACCUUCAUUAUCACGCCAGUUUUGGCCUUGAGACUACUUUCUGGAUGUGCUACACGCAUGCACUUGCAAUCACGCGCUGUCCAGUAUUGCUAUUUCUACGACUAAUACCUACACGACCCUAGAGUCUGUUCA